CUAUAAGUUUUAUACGAAACGCGAUUUUAAUUUUUCAGUUGGAAAAGGUGUUUUAUAUAUGCAGUGCGUUUGUUUAUCACAUUGUGGUUUGAAUUCAAGAAGUGCGCUGUUGCAUAAGUUUAUUUGUGUCAAGUGUUGAAAAAGUAACGGAAAUUUUUGUUUCGUGUGUUUUUGCUAAAAUAAAUUUAGGAGAAAAAAAUAAAUAAAGGAUUAACAUGGGAAGCUACAGGAUUAUCCUCUAUCUUUGUCUUAUGGGGAUGAUGUCCAUUUGUUCUGCUCUGCUUGCAAAACCAUUUCCACGAUACAGCCUACACAAUAUGCCGCAGACGGGUUUUACCUGUCGUGAUAAAAUUCUUGGUGGAUACUAUGCAGAUUCGGAAACUCAAUGUCAAAUGUUCCAUGUUUGCGUUAAAGUGGCUGGUGUUGGUGUCCAAGAUUUCCGAUUCCUCUGUCCCAAUGGCACAGCUUUUGAUCAAGAAGCCCAAACUUGUGCCGAUUGGGGAGAUGUCGACUGUGACCAGGCUACCCUAUUUUAUGGCAGCGAUAACUUUGAUCUGUACAGAAUUGGUUCGGGAUUCGAGAGUAAGAAAGCGCCUGCUGAAGAUGACGAGGAUACAUUCCAUCUGCAACGUGCCGAAUCAAACGAUCUGCGUGGUAUCAAGUCAACGGCAGUUUCUGGCAUAUACCAGAAUCGGCACUUCAGUGAACCAACAACACAAUCUAUUUCACAGCCAUCAUUGCGAAAUGACUACACCAAAUUGAAUCCAGUUAGCUUUUACCAAAGCACCACAACCUCAACAACAACGAAAAGUCCACCAACCAAACCAUUCGUGAAGCCAGUUAACGUAGCAGCAAAGAUUGAAGAUUAUUCCCUAAACACAAAUCCCCAGAAAGAUUCGAACAUUGAUAACGACACCGAUGAAAUCUUCAAAGCAUCGCACAGUUCCAAUUUCUUUAACAAUCGAAACGGAAAGGACGAGGGAUUCGACGAUGUAAUUGUUCGAGCCAAACCCGCAUCACCUCAACCAAAUCGCAGACACCGCGGACGAAAGGUGUUCAAGAAUUCGGAAGCAGGCAGUCGAAGUUCUACCUUCGAAAGUACAUCAGCCACCACUCCAUCCCAUCAUCGAUCAUCAACGUCGAAUGCAAUUCACAGAGAAAGGAAGCCAUUCCAAAGUCGAAACGAUUUCGGUGCAACAGCGCAACGGGGAGAUAACUUCCGUCAGAUUACAAACGGAACACCGACUACACGGGCUCCAAUUUCCACGACGAAAGCGGAACCAUUGACUGAAUCGAUCAGAAUUCAAAACAACAAUGCACCGAAUGUGAACAACAAUUAUAAUUUCGAUAGAUUCUCUACUCAUCGUACGACCAGCGGCCAGUACACUAACCGAGUUAGUGAUAAACCAGCAUUUAAUGUCGGCCAAACCAGUAGAGUGCAAACUAUUCAACGAAAUGAAUUCGACAACGGUCGUCAAAAUAAUUUCAACUCACAGGCCAGUACCAACAAUCAAAACAAUCAUACUGCACCGAACAGCAACAACAAUUUUCAAACUCAGCCCACAAGACCCACAACUUAUGUCACGAUCAGGCCAGUAGCCAAAUCAAAUCAGGAGAACGAAAAGAGAAUCGAAACCGAUUUGAACAACGCAAAGAAUUACUACAACGCUGGAACAUUGUUGCAAAACAGUACCGGCGGAAAAGACACUUCAAAUACUUUUACCACUAAGUCACAUGACGUGCAGUCCCCGAAACAAGAUUACUUCCAAGGUAACAGGAACUUCGAUCGAUUUAGCACGGGCCAGUACUAUGAUCCUUACUUCUCCAAACAACAAUCGUCAACACAAACUCCAACAACUGCAAUACAACAGAACGAUGCCCAAUAUAACAAGCAAAAUUUCAAUCAGCAGUCCAACUUCAAUCAGCAACAGAAUUUCAAUCAGCAGUCCAAUUUCAAUCAGCAACCGAAUUUCAACCAGAAGCCGAACUUUAAUCAACAACCUAACUUUAACAAUCCACAACCUAACUACAACAAUCAGCAACCAAACUUCAACAAUCAGCAACCAAACUUCAACAAUCAACAACCGAACUUCAACCAGCAGAAUGGUUUUUUCAACAAUCAACCGAAUUUCAACAAAUUUCCCCUAGCAGAUGUAAAGCCAACCACUUAUAGUCCCCAACAUAAUGGUGUACCAAACAAAUCGCAGGUUAUUAAUUCCACUCCCCGUGGAUUUUCAUUACCGUCGACAACAGCGAAGACCGAAACAUUCAAUGAGAAAAAUUACGAAACUCAGUUCGCAGAAACGCAGACACCCACGUCGCCUAAGCGAUUUUCAACUCUAGUACCCAAAAAUUUGUAUCCAACCACAUUCAAACCUACAACAUACAAGUCAUUAUCGGAAUCACCAAUCGCUUCGUCCAACCAAUUCGACAACAACAAUCAAUUUUAUUCGAAACAGUCCACCGCUCCGUACUACAACAGUCCAAGCAAAGUAACAUAUCCAUCAACUACCACCACAACUUCUACCACAACAACAGUAAAUCCAUUAAUUGCAACUGAAAAUAUAGAGGACGACGGCCAGUAUCAUCCAGAACUCUACGAACAAGACUUGCCCAAGUACAAACUAAAGCAAAAGAAAGUGGAAAAUCAGUUUAAAGUCACUCAAUCUGACAAUGGUUUCCGAAGCAAUCACUACCAGAAUAGACAGUCAAAUCAGCAUCAAAGUUCAUUCGUCCAGCACGAAGAGGACGAGUUCCUUCAAACCGCUCAUUCACAAAAUAUUGCUGCCAGUGGUAACGAGCUAAGAGCAAAAAAUUUACAGAAAUCCGAUGUCAAACACACAUUCAAUCCAGUCGUUCAAACAAGGCCGAGUCCCACACCAUCUGCAUCGACCAAGAAGUCAACACCAUCCGACAAAGAUGCGAGUUACGAUUACGCGUAUUACGAUACACUCAAUGAUGAACCGAGUGAAUAUUCGGAGUACGGUCUGAAGGAGUUUAAGAAAACUUCAGCCAAAAAAUACUAAAUGCAUUAAUCGGUGGGUGGAAUUCAUUGAAGGUCUGUACACAGAUGAAAAAUUCUUUAAAUGGAAUGUUGUUCUACAAGUUGGAAAAUGAUUGGAAAAACUGUCUGAAUUAUGCCAUCGAAUUUUCAAAAAUCGGACGUCGUUCGAACUUCAAGAGCCUUUAAGAAACACUGCUUUGUAUGUUAGACAGCAGUGUAGUUGAUGGCGCAGUUUCAGUUGACUUUUUCAAUAAUUUUUCUUCAUAUGGAACGAAAUCCUUACUAACGAGCAUUUUUCAUGAUCUGUGUACGUGUUUUGAGCAAAAUAACUUCAUUUUAUCCUAAGAAUUAGCCGAAUUUUUCGACAGCAAUAUACCUUGUAAGGUUAAUUUAUCAGUUCAUGAUUAUAUACUCUCUUCCCCAUAUUGAGCUAAAGCUUAUGAAGAAAAGUUUAAUAAUUGUAAUUUUGGUUUUCGUCAUUUUUAUUUUAUUAAAUUAAUAUAAUAGCGAGCUGUACAUAUUUUUUAAGUGUGAAAAUAAAUAAU